GGUGAACUGUGAAACGAACUGUUGGAAAGUAGACGGCUGACUAACUGAGAGAUCCCUGCUGUUGGUUGCGCACGCCUCUGCGCGUAUUUCAUGAGAAAGGACAGCAGCUUCAGUGGUUCGACAGAGGUUUGUGGUGCUCCUCUUUAGAGUUUCCUGCUGUUACAUGGUAACGCACAGCUGAAGGCAAGAGGGUGUUGAAGAUGGCAGUGUGGAUCCAGGCCCAGCAGCUCCAGGGUGAUGCUCUCCACCAGAUGCAGUCCCUGUACGGGCAACACUUCCCCAUUGAGGUGCGACAUUAUCUAUCCCAGUGGAUAGAGGGCCAGCUCUGGGAUGGCAUAGACUUGGAGAACCCACAGGAGGAGUUCAAGGCCAAACGCCUGCUUGACAGUCUGAUCCAAGAGCUGCAGAACAAGGCUGAGCAUCAAGUAGGAGAAGAUGGUUUCUUACUCAAAAUCAAACUGGGACACUACGCCAGCCAGCUCAAGAGCACGUAUGACUGCUGUCCUCUGGAGUUGGUCCGAUGCAUCAAACACAUCCUCUACACGGAGCAGAGGCUUGUCAGAGAGGCCACCAAUUCAAACUCUCCAGUGGGCAGUAUGAUGGCCAGCAUGUCCCAGAAAUACCAACAGAUCAACCAAGCUUUUGAGGAGCUCCGCCUUCUGACCCAGGACACCGAGAAUGAUUUGCGCAAGCUCCAGCACAACCAGGAGUACUUCAUCAUCCAGUACCAGGAGAGCCUCCGCAUUCAGGCUCAGCUGUCCAGCCUGGCCACACUCCCCCCUGCUGACCGACAGCUCCGGGAGCCCGCCCUGCUCAACAAGAGAGCCACUGUGGAGGCAUGGCUGACCAGAGAGGCCAAUACACUACAGAAAUACAGACUGGACCUGGCAGAGAAGCACCAGAAAACACUGCAGCUGCUGAGGAAACAGCAGACCAUCAUUCUGGAUGAUGAGCUGAUCCAGUGGAAGAGACGGCAACAGCUGGCAGGCAAUGGGGGCCCACCAGAAGGAGGCCUGGACAUCUUGCAGUCCUGGUGUGAGAAGCUCGCUGAAACUAUCUGGCAAAACAGGCAGCAGAUUCGGAGGGCAGAGCACCUGAGACAACAGUUACCCAUCCCCGGACCCAUCGAAGAGCUCCUCAAUGAACUGAACGCUACCAUCACAGAUAUCAUCUCUGCAUUGGUCACCAGCACCUUCAUCAUCGAGAAACAGCCUCCACAGGUGCUAAAAACCCAAACCAAGUUUGCCGCUACAGUGCGCCUCCUGGUAGGAGGAAAAUUGAACGUGCACAUGAACCCUCCGCAGGUCAAAGCCACUAUCAUUAGUGAACAACAAGCCAAGGCCCUGCUGAAGAACGAAAACACAAGGAAUGACAGCAGUGGGGAAAUUCUCAACAAUAACUGUGUGAUGGAGUACCACCAGACGACAGGCACUCUCAGCGCACACUUCAGGAACAUGUCUUUGAAGAGGAUCAAGCGAUCAGACAGGCGAGGAGCAGAAUCUGUCACGGAGGAGAAGUUCACCAUUCUGUUCGAGUCUCAGUUUAGUGUUGGAGGCAACGAGCUUGUCUUUCAAGUAAAGACGUUAUCACUUCCUGUGGUGGUGAUAGUUCAUGGCAGCCAAGACAAUAAUGCCACAGCGACUGUGUUAUGGGACAACGCUUUUGCAGAGCCGGGACGGGUUCCUUUCCUGGUGCCAGAUAAGGUGCUGUGGCCUCAGCUGUGUGAUGCCAUCAACAUGAAGUACAAGGCUGAGGUGCAGAGUAACCGAGGCCUGUCUGAGGAGAACCUGGUCUUCCUUGCUCAAAAGGCCUUCAGCAGCUCCAGCAACAACCCUGAGGACUACCGUAACAUGACAAUGACUUGGUCGCAGUUUAAUCGGGAAAGCUUGCCCCUGAGAAACUUCACAUUUUGGCAAUGGUUUGAUGGUGUGAUGGAACUCACAAAGAAGCAUCUCAAACCGCACUGGAACGAUGGAGCCAUACUGGGCUUUGUGAACAAGCAGCAGGCCCAGGACAUGCUUAUGUCCAAACCCAACGGUACCUUUCUCUUGCGCUUUAGUGACUCUGAGAUCGGAGGGAUCACAAUUGCAUGGGUGGCUGAAAAUCCUAAUAAAGCAGGUGAAAGAAUGGUUUGGAACCUUAUGCCCUACACAACCAAAGACUUCUCCAUUCGCUCUCUGGCUGACCGCAUCAGCGAUCUCAAUCACCUCCUCUUCCUCUACCCUGACCGAGCCAAGGAUGAGGUCUUCUCCAAAUACUACACCCCACCGCUCUCCAAAGCAGUGGAUGGCUACGUGAAGCCGCAAAUCAAACAAGUGGUGCCCGAGUUUACUACAGCCAAUCCAGACUCAGCAGGUGGGAAUCAAACCUAUAUGGAUCAAGGUGCCUCCCCUGCACCUGUCAAUCACCCUCAUACAUACAACAUAUAUCAACCUAUGAGCGACUCUAUGUUGGAUGCAGAGGGAGACUUUGACCUGGACGACACCAUGGAUGUGGCGAGGCAUGUAGAGGAGCUCCUCCGACGGCCUGUAGAGAGCCAGUGGGGUGGCCAGCAGUCCUGACCUUUGAACUUUUAACCUGUGACAGCACCAAACAUACCCCACCUCCUGACUUGCCCCACUUACAUUGACAUUUCUCAUGGUUUAAUUCCAUUAAUUUCUCUCUUUUUCAGAUAGCUAUAAUGUGAAAUGUUGAUAAUGGUUGUGAUUUUCUUUUCAUUUCAGCAUGUCAGCAUGCAUGUCGGUAACUUCUCAUAGUUUUUUUUUUGUGUCCAUAAGUGUUUGUAAAACAGACUAGGUAUGAUGCAAAACAUGCAAUGUUACAGUAUUAGAAAAAGAAAAGGUAUCGUUCAUUCACAUUAUGCAUGCAUUUCCAGUUGAGUUUGAACAGAUUUAAAAAAGAUCAUCCUGUAUGCAGUCAUUUUAACAGUUGAAUGUUUUUAUUUUGUUAUUUUUUCUUUGUAAAUGGGUUAUCAGUAUUUCAGUAGUUACAUUGAACUUGCCCUCUGAGAAAAAAAAACUGCUAUGAAAAGUUUAUGCUUUUGCUCCUAUUAAUGAUUCACUGCUCUGCAAAGUUACGGUUUUUCAAAAUCCAUAUACACUAACCUAAAGGCAGAGUGACUCUGCGACUGACGUCACUCACGUCAGCACACGUGUGCACAAGUGUACAAUCUAUUUGUACUGAUUUGUUCACCAGCUAAAACCCAGCAGAGGGGGUUUCUGUACCUCCCUCACUCUCACAGGGCUAUUUGUCUCCUGUCUGCACACAGAAAUGCAAAUCUGAGCAUUUACCCAGCGCUGCCUGCUUCUCCUCUCAGGUCCCUCUGUUUCCCUCAUCAGUGCAAACGUCGCUUUAUCCUGCUGACAGUCAGUGUUACUUUUGGUUCCCUUGUUUUUUUCUGCACCAUACUCACACCAAACGUACAGUUUUGUUCCUGUAAUAAGUGUAAAUCUUUGUGCAGAAAAUCCUAGCUAACUUUAUUGGCUGUUUAAUGCUUGAAACCACUUACCUGAUGAAGUUAAGAAACAUGAAGUUCCACCCGUCCGGUCAGUGCUCAAUUAAUCUAAGAUGCGCUGCUCUCUUCUUUCAGUUCAUUUGUCCCUGUAGCCGUGUCAUGACACUGUGGGAAACUUGUGCGUGCUAGUCUCUGUGUGACAACAUGACCACACCAGCAGCUGAAGUUGUGAGACAUGCAUUGAGGGGUGCACGCUUUACAUUCUUGCAAAGAAUUACUGGGAAAAAUAUAGAACUCUAGGAUGUUUUAAUGUCUGGCUUUGAUUAAGAUUAGUAUCCACCAUGUAUCCACCCUUUUUACUACACUUACAAGAUAACGGAUACAUUAGUUGAAAUCAGAAGCUCGAGUCUAUUACCAUAAUCCCUCCACUGACAUAAAAAAACACACCCAGGUACACACACAGAGACCCAAAUCGUUGAAUUAAAAAAAUGUUGCUAACAGCGGCCAUGCACCUCAGGAAUGAAUUGCUUUGCUUAGCCGAUGUGUAAGCCAAAUAGACAAAAUCUAUAUACAGAAUAUAUGAAUUUAUUUUCUCUAUCAUAAUUCUAUUUUAUUAUAAUUUUCUUGCACUCCCCUAUUGAAUGUAACCUUUAUGCAUGACCCUAUUAAGGAUUUACAUUCAAAUAUUACCUCCUGAGUUGAGCAGAACGUUCAGGUCAUGAUUCAGCAUCUUGGAAGAGGACACAGAACAACUGGAAAUCAGAGAAAAAUCGAUGAUGUAUUUUUGUGUUUUUCCAACAGACAUGGCAGUAUUAUAAAGAUAUUCCCUCAUAUAUCUCUUCAUUUCUUCCUCAAACUUAUUUUGUAUCCCAUUUUCUUUCCUGUUUCGAGCUACAUGGGCGGUCUUUGAUAUAUUGGUCAUUCUCAUCAUUUUGAAGCUUUGUUCCACUGUAAACUGUGUAUUUUUUUCAUGAUGUAGAUGGCGCUGUGUGCUAUUCGAUGUAUGUACCAUGUUUGUGGUUUUGGUUUGUUCCUUGGAGUUUUUCCAAGAAACAGGUGUUGAGUCGAAAAAAGAAGACAAUAAAGUUUUUAUAAAUAAUUCUAA